GGCAUAUCCGCGCAAGCGCAAACGUUAUUUUAUUGUUUGUGUUUUGUUAUCAUCAAAUCAAAAUUGUCAUUUGUUUUGUUUACGUUUACUUUGAAGAAACAAAAUAUACUAAAGUUACCAUAAUUCUAUUUUUAGCUAAAAUGGUUACGAACUUGUUAGCGCUUAUUUCAAUUAUAGUUUCUGUUAGUUCUAGUACAAAUAUCGAAUUUUGUAGUAAGGAUGAGAAAUCUUGCUCUGAAGACCACAACAAAUAUAGCAAAGAAUCAAAUGACUGGUCAAUGCAAAUCAAAGAACAAAUAAAUACAGCUAUGAAUAAAUAUGUUCUUUGUAAAGUAGAAAAUUGUAGCUGUCAUAAAUCAGUGAUUGAUGAAGACCUGGCUCCUUUUAAAGGAGGUAUUACCAAGGAACUAUUUGAAAGAGCUCGAAUGAAAGCUACCAAAUAUCAGAUCAUUGAUGGAAAGCUGUACAGAGAAGAGGAUUGCCAUUUUCCAGCUAGAUGUGCAGGUGUAGAACACUAUUUAGUACCUAUUGCAGCAAAAAUGCCUAAUUUAGAACUAGCACUGAACACCAGAGACUGGCCCCAAAUUAACCGGGCUUGGGGCCAUCCAAAAGCACCAGUAUUAUCAUUUAGUAAGACAAAAGAUUAUUAUGAUAUAAUGUAUCCUGCCUGGAGUUUCUGGGAAGGUGGUCCAGCUAUAUCCUUGUAUCCUACUGGCAUAGGCAGGUGGGACAAACACCGAAUCUCAAUAACAAAAUCUGCUGAAAAAUGGCCAUGGGAAAAGAAAGAAAACAAAGCCUUUUUCAGAGGAUCUCGAACCAGUGAUGAAAGAGAUGCUCUUAUACUACUCUCUAGAGCUGAGCCUGACCUAGUUGAUGCGCAAUACACCAAAAAUCAGGCUUGGAAAUCCGACAUGGACACCCUUUAUGCGCCGCCAGCUUCAGAAGUACCAUUUGAAGAACAUUGUAAAUACAAGUAUUUGUUCAACUACAGAGGCGUGGCUGCUAGCUUUAGAUUCAAGCAUUUAUUCUUAUGCAAGUCUCUAGUCUUCCAUGUUGGUGAUCAAUGGCUCGAGUUCUUCUACCCAUCACUUAAACCUUGGGUACACUAUGUUCCUAUUAACCCAAGAGCAUCACAGGAAGACAUUAAGAAGUUAAUACAUUUCUUCAAAGAACAUGACGAUUUGGCCAAUGAAAUUGCAAAUAGAGGCUUCCAACAUAUUUGGGAUCACUUAACUGACAAGGAUGUCAAAUGCUACUGGCGUAAACUUCUAAAGAAAUACGCUAAACUAGUGACUUAUGAUGUUGUAAAAGAUAAUAAACUAAAAUUAAUUGUUUCGUAAAAUAUGAUCUGUAAGUGUAAACUAGCUAUUUGAGUCUUGUUGAAAACAUGCAUUGUCCACAAUCACUAUAAAAAAAA